AUGACCCCGCAACAGAGAUUGAAGGAGAUCAAGAGAUUCAACUUAUGCCUUAACUGUUUUUCGAAGGUGCAUAGUGUGAGAAAUUGUACCAGCAAGUUCUCUUGUUUCCAAUGUUCCAAACGACAUAAUACCCUACUCCAUCGGGAACAGGUUCCCCAGAGCAAACCCAGCCCAAAUUCCAAUUCUUCCAUAAGCUGUACGCCCUCGCCCUCGCAUUCUACCCCCUCCUCUAUUGCCAUACAGUCCACUAGUUCAGAGGGUGAAAUAGUACAGUCUUGUUUUGCUGCCCAGUCCAAGGGAGUUUUAUUAGGCACUGCUUUGGUGAAAAUACGCCACAAUGGGUUAGCAUAUCUGGCUAGAGCGUUGGUGGAUUCUGGUUCGGAGGGAACAUUUAUCUCCGAAAAACUGUUUAACACGCUUAGGCUUCCAUUUAAGCGGACUGCUGCCUGUAUUUAUGGUUUGAAUAAUUCUACUUCGGCUUCCGUCCAGAAGGAAUGCUCCUUCCUCCUAGCUUCGCAUAGUGAUGAUGAUUUCGAAGUUUCGGUUAGUGCCCUUGUAGUUCCACAUCUCUCUGGAAGCCUUCCAUCAAGAACCAUUGGUCCUAUUCCAUGUGAGAGGAAUACUUCAUGUUCCAGGGUUGUAUCCUAUUUCUGUGAGUUAUCCCUCGAUGCUGCUAUUUCUCGUUUCUGGGAGGUGGAAGACCUUCCCAGGAAGACGUUCCUUUCCGCGUCUGAUAGGUUUUGUGAGGAACUAUAUUCCGCCACCACCACAAGGGAUAAGAAUGGCAGAUAUAUUGUAUCCCUCCCGUUCAAGGAGGAUUUUCUGGCGGGUAGUGAUAUCGGCCAUUCCAGAAAUGCAGCUUUGGUACAGUUCUUUCGAAAUGAGGCACGUCUUCUUCGAACGCCGCAGUUCAAGGACGAAUAUGACAAGGUACUUACGGAGUACGAAUCCUUAGGUCAUAUGACGAAAGUUUCCGAUCCGAUAAGUCCCGGUCUUUCAUCACAUUACUACCUUCCACACCAUGCGGUGGUGAAACCGGACAGCACGACCACGAAGGUGCGGGUUGUUUUUAAUGCUUCCUCUCGCGCUUCCAACGGGAAGAGUCUCAACGACGUUUUACAUACCGGUCCUGUGCUGCAGCAGGAUCUUGUAGUACUUAUUUUGAACUGGAGAUUGUUUCGUUACGUAUUCAAUGGGGACAUUACCAAGAUGUACCGACAAAUCUUGGUAAAUCCUGAACAUAGGGCAUUUCAGCGCAUUCUCUUUCGACAGGAUCCAAACGGAAAAGUUCAAGACUACGAACUAAGUACGGUUACUUUUGGAGUAAAUUGUGCUCCUUUCCUGGCCAUUCGGACCCUCCUGCAAUUGGCCGAUGAUGUUCGGGGGACGUAUCCGCUGGCUUACGAGAUUCUUCGGAACUCAAUGUAUGUGGAUGACGCCUUGGUGGGCGCACAUUCUAUACCAGCUGCAAUUGAUGCUAGGGGGCAGUUAAUUCAGGCACUGGGUUCCGCCGGUUUUGCGAUGCGUUGGCGUUCCAACGGAACAGUUGCUUUUCGAGGAUUUUUUAGAAUUUGA